AUAAAUACACUUAAAAUGCACCAAUUAAUUAAUUAAAUAGAAAUGAGCAGAAUCAGACAAGAGCACUGUGUUUUCUCUGUACUUCCUAGUUACAUCCAGCAGGUGGCGCCGGUCUCCUUCAGCCCUCAGUGCGCAGCCGCAGUUUGAGCCGCAGAGCGAGCAASAGGAAGCUAACAACUGUAAAGAUAUGAAGUUGGACACGAGUUUUUAACAUUUUAUCUGACUUAUCAACAUGAAAAUAAAUGAAAAUACUUUACUGGAGGGACCGAGGGUUGUGUUGGUUCCUUACAAUGAAGAACACGUUCCAAGGUAUCACGAGUGGAUGAAGUCUCCUGAGCUGCAGCAGCUGACCGCUUCAGAGCCGCUCAGCCUGGAACAAGAGUACGACAUGCAGAGGAGCUGGAGAGAGGAUAACGACAAGUGCACGUUCAUCAUUUUGGACAARCAGCAGUGGGCGGAUCCCAGUGUCGAGGAGGAGCAGUGCAUGGUGGGAGACGUCAACAUCUUUCUGACCGACCCCACAGACCCGUCUGUAGCAGAGCUGGAGAUCAUGAUAGCAGAGCCAAGUUACAGAGGCAGAGGCUUUGGGAAGGAGGUGACGAGCAUGAUGAUGUGUUACGGAGUCAACAAACUCGGAGUCAAAAAGUUUCAAGCCAAAAUUGGUCUGGACAACCAGGUCAGCGUCACCAUGUUCAAGAAGCUGCACUUCCAAGAGGUGUCUGUGUGCAGCGUGUUCAAAGAGGUGACCCUGGAGCUGACCGUGGACGAGUCCGUUYGGACCAAGCUGCAGGACGAUGCGGCGCACGUGAAGGAGAGAGACUACAGACAGGCGUGCAGCAGGAGACGUGAACUGUUUUCCACACUGAUGCYGUUCUGAGCUGCUCCACAUGCAGCAGCUCAGUCUGAGGAAAACUCCACUCUUCAGUCGGAGGACUUAAGACAAGCAUGGACAAUAGAGUUUUUAUUUGAAAUGUUUUAAAUUGCACAUUCUUUUGCACACUAUGUAAUAAAAAUGUUUCAUCAGGUUUA